CAAAGAUAGCAAAACAAAACAUCCCCUCAAAAUAUCACUUGAACUAGUGUGUGUGUGUGUGUGUGUGUGAAAAGAAGAAGAAAAUGGGAAGAGCUCCAUGUUGUGAUAAAGCAAAUGUGAAAAGAGGGCCAUGGUCUCCUGAAGAAGAUGCAAAACUCAAAGAUUUUAUUCACAAAUAUGGUACUGCUGGAAAUUGGAUUGCACUUCCUCAAAAAGCUGGACUAAGGAGAUGUGGGAAGAGUUGCAGAUUGAGAUGGCUAAAUUAUCUAAGGCCUAAUAUCAAGCAUGGUGAUUUUUCUGACGAAGAAGACAGAGUUAUAUGCAGCUUGUAUGCCAACAUUGGAAGCAGGUGGUCAAUUAUAGCAGCUCAAUUACCGGGAAGAACUGACAAUGAUAUCAAGAAUUAUUGGAACACUAAGCUCAAGAAAAAGCUCAUGGGAUUAAUAUUACCUAAUUCUUCUAAUAACCAAAAAAGAUCACCCUAUUUUCCAUCUACUACUACUCUUCAAGCCCAUCAAAAUCUUUUGUACACUCCAAAUAGGUCUUUCAUUGAACAGCCCAUUAUUUCUUCAGCCCAACAAAAUAUUUUGUACACCAAUAAUAACAACAACAUGGUGAUGACCAACUUUCCUAAUUUUGGUGUUACAAAUUAUAAUUUUCAAAAUUAUCCACAAUUAAAAGGUAAUAAUUUACUUAUGUUUGGAGGAGAAGCAAGUUGUUCUUCAUCAGAUGGAAGUUAUUGCAGCCAGAUGAGUUUUGGUAAAGACAUUAUUAAAAGAGAAGAAAUUAUGAGUACUGAUUAUUAUUUACAACAAGGUCAAAUUUCAAGUGGUGAUGUUGCUGCCUUUGAAGAAAUUAACCAGCAAUUCAAUCUUGAUUAUUUUGGGAAUAUGCAGCUUCCUACAAGUUGUUGUACCAAUGUCAAUAAUGGGAGUACUACUAGUGGAUUCAAUGAUGAGAAUUGUAACAAGUCAAAUGUGAUAGGGAUGUUUUAUUACUGAAAGAUGAAAUGACUGUUGGUGUAAAAAAGAUGUAAGUACAAUUCAGGAAGAUUUGAUUAGGGUAGUGUGGGUAUGGGGUUAUUGCCAAGAAGAUUCAGUCUUUUUUUGGGGUUUUGUGUAGCUACUUUUGGUGGAAUUGAAUGAAAAA